GGGGCAGAAGCGUUUUUCUCAAACGUACAAAGCGAGAUGCUCGGUGGAGGCUCCUCCUUUUCCUGCAGAGUUGGAGGGAGAAAGCCUUGUGGGACAGGCAAACUUCACCGCCCCAGGCGUGCACACUCCACACGAUGAGGCGAGUGGUACGACAGAGCAAAUUUCGGCACGUGUUCGGCCAGGCGGUGAAAAAUGACCAGUGCUACGACGACAUCCGCGUCUCCCGCGUCACCUGGGACAGCUCCUUCUGUGCCGUGAACCCCAGGUUCGUUGCAAUAAUCGUGGACGCGAGCGGCGGCGGAGCGUUCCUGGUGCUGCCUUUGCACAAGACGGGCCGGAUUGACAAGUCCUAUCCAACAGUGUGCGGGCACACAGGACCGGUGCUGGACAUAGACUGGUGUCCCCACAACGACCAGGUCAUCGCCAGCGGCUCCGAGGACUGCACCGUGAUGGUGUGGCAGAUUCCCGAGAACGGACUCACCCUGUCCUUGACAGAGCCGGUGGUGGUUCUAGAAGGCCAUUCGAAGCGAGUCGGCAUCGUGGCUUGGCACCCGACCGCGCGCAACGUGCUGCUCAGCGCAGGUUGCGAUAACGCAAUCAUCAUCUGGAACGUGGGGACAGGCGAAGCCCUCAUAAACCUGGAUGACAUGCACGUGGAUGUGAUUUACAACGUGAGCUGGAAUCGCAACGGCAGCCUAAUCUGUACAGCUUCCAAAGACAAAAAAGUUCGAAUUAUUGACCCCAGGAAACAAGAAAUCGUUGCCGAGAAAGAGAAGACCCACGAGGGAGCCCGGCCCAUGCGAGCCAUUUUCCUCGCCGAUGGAAACAUCUUCACAACCGGCUUCAGCCGCAUGAGCGAACGGCAGCUCGCCCUGUGGAAUCCGAAAAACAUGGAGGAACCAAUAGCCCUCCAUGAGAUGGACACCAGCAAUGGGGUCCUGCUGCCCUUCUACGACCCGGAUACCAACAUUAUUUACUUGUGUGGCAAGGGCGACAGCAGCAUUCGCUACUUCGAGAUCACGGAUGAAUCCCCCUACGUUCACUACCUCAACACCUUCAGCAGCAAGGAGCCGCAGAGAGGGAUGGGGUUCAUGCCAAAGAGGGGCCUUGACGUGAACAAGUGUGAGAUUGCCAGGUUCUUCAAGCUUCAUGAGAGAAAAUGUGAGCCCAUCAUCAUGACGGUCCCUCGAAAGUCGGACCUCUUCCAGGAUGACCUGUACCCUGAUACAGCUGGCCCAGAGGCAGCUCUGGAGGCAGAGGAGUGGUUUGAGGGGAAGAACGCCGAUCCCCUGCUCAUUUCCUUGAAACAUGGGUACAUUCCUGGCAAGAACAGGGAUCUCAAGGUGGUCAAGAAGAAUAUACUGGACAACAAGCCUGCCGCAAACAAGAAAAGUGAUCUCAUAAAUGCUCCAAAGAAAGCAGCUGAUGCCUCAGACACCCAAAAUGAAGCCAAAUUGGAUGAGAUUUUGAAAGAGCUGAAAUCCAUAAAAGACACGAUCACCAACCAAGACGAGCGCAUUUCCAAGCUGGAGCAGCAGAUGGCGAAGAUCGCAGACUGAGCGGGGCGAGCGGGCGCUGGCGGGCGCUGCCAGCCCAGACACAUUCCAGUUCCCCGGUUCGGCAAGCAGCAGCGUGCAGCAUUCCAGUACGAGCUUUCCUCUUCUCCCAAAUUCACGUCAACGAGAGCCGAUGAUUAAAAGCCAAGCUUUUUAGUGAAAUAUUUUUUUCUGAUGUUUUAAUGAAUUUAUGUGACUGUGUCAAACAAUUCAAAAAGAAUAAGUGCUACUUUGACAGUCUUUUUUUUUUUUUUCUCCUCCAGAUGUUAUGAAUUCUUGAAAACAAACCCAUUAUGACUUUCAAUGUUGUGCCCAAAUACCUUUUUCUAGAUUUAGGGACCAAUGCCACAUUGUUCUUAACCAUUUUUUAAAGUUGCCAAAAAAACGAAACAAAAAAAAGUUGCUUUUUAUUUUUCUUAUUUGCCACUUUGCAGUAUUUGUGUUUUAAAUUUAAAGGGACAGCACUGUGUGUGUGCGCGCGUGUGUGCGUGUGGUGGGUGUUUAUACUGUUUAGAGAUCAAAACUGAAGCUAUUUUGUAUAAAUCUCCAAUUUUGAACAAUCAGAUCGGUUCCCCCUGCAGUGUGGCCGAGGCUGCUGCUGAGCUCCCUCAGAGGUUCCGUACGAGCUGACUUUCCUGCCUUCCUGAUGUGUUCUGAUGACCGCUGUCUAACGGUUUUAAAAAAUAUAUAUAUAUAGUGCUGAAUGAAGUGAUUCAUGCCACAGACUGCCUCUUCUCCUUCUUACUCCCUGCAGAACUUUUAAAUGAGCAUCACCUCCCCCUCUUAAAAUAACGCCGUGUUUUGGAUUACUCCAGCCCUGUCCGAGUGGGCACGUUUCAGUUGCUGGUUUUGGUUUUAAGGCAGAAGUUAUUCCCUGCAGGAACUGAGUUACAUUUAUCCCUGGAGCGUAAAGUUCAAGGUGUGCAAAAGGCACGCACGAGGCUGCGAGCAGGGGGCUGCUCCCCUCUGACCAGGUGCUCCCUCGUGUCCGUUGCGGCUGUAUGCAUCGCUGUACAUACUUGGGGCUGCACCACAGCCGCCAUCAGCCUCUGGGGCUUAUUUGCUUUCAGAAGCUUUUAAAAUCCUUUGAGCUUGCACUUCUUUGGCCUUUGACUUUAGAACUGAUGUUAGAAAUUUCGACUCUGCUUCCAAAGCACCCUUAGAAGUAGCUAGGGGACUAGCAUCAGGGAUCUCCAGAAACAAAAUGUUUCCGAUUUUUUUUUUUUUUUUUUUUUACCUCCCUGCCUCAUCACCCCACCUUGCCUUAAAACUUCGCAGGAAAGGGUUUGUUCCCAGGUGAGCUCGGUGACCCUCGCCCCCUGCAGUCCCAGCCCUUGGGAGGGGAAGGGGCUGGGGCAGGUUCUGCCCCCAGCUUGGGGAGGUGCUGCUCUCCCCUGGUCCUUCAAGGUCCUCACCCCAGAGCCCCUGGGGGUGUGUGGGACUCACAGAGCUCAUCUCGGGAUCUCUUCCUCUCCACCUCUGCUCGUGUGGGGUCUGCGCUGCCAAAGGGGGUGCUGGGGCUGGGGCAGGAGCAUUCCCUGCUGGCCCUACGUGUGAACAUAGGUGCGAUGGGACCUGGGCUGCAAAGCAAGCUCGGGCUUUACUCAUUUGCUGCGUGCACCAGGACAGCCCCGCCAGCAGCGCCCGGGAGGUGCCGGCACCCCUUGUUAAAUCCAGAUGUGGAUAAAACUAUCGGGGGGGGGGGGGUCCGAACGAUGUCCAGGAGUUAGCUGGCAGCUGCUGAGCCCCAAAUACCCUUCCCAGCUGGGCUCUGGUCCUUGGCCCAGCUCCCUGCAACCGUGGUGUGCGUGCACGUGUGUGUGCUUGGAGCCGACACGCAGGGCAGGGUGCGUCCCUUCGUCCCGCCCGAAGCCAUCGUUUCUCCGUUAGGCUGGCUACAAGUCCGCAAAUUCCCCGUUUUUUUGGUUUUUUUUUUCUUUAUUCUUCAGUGUUUGCAUGUUCACAACUUACAGGUCGAGGAUCGUCUGCCCUGGAGGGCUGUCGGUGCUGCUGGGCGUGCGGCCGCGCAGCUGGGCGAAGUAGCUGGAGAGGCACGAGGAGGGGGUGCGAAGGACAGAGAAGGUGUUACAGUUCAUAGCAUGAAAGCUUCCUAAAAGUGGGUUUUCUUCGUUUUAAGUGGUGAGCAUCGCAGACGGGGCACGUUUUCCCCGCCUGGGUGCUGGUGGGGGGGGAGAUGAGCACUGGUGCUGGGUUCCCAGCCCAGCCGCGGGUUGUUUGAAUGUUUGGUGCUGGUUUUGUAUUGCAGUAAAUGGCUGAGAUUAUCUGUAAUAAUUUUUAUUUUUUAUUUUUGGAAAACAAAACCAAGCGUACUGCUCCCCCGAAACGGUGAUCUCUGUGUUGAUUUUGUACGUGUGACUUCAGGGUUGUGUGCCUGGGGACCUUGCGGGUUUUUUUUUUUUAUUUUCUAAUUGGAGGGAACAAAGUUUCUGAACUGCUGGAUCGAGAUGCCCAGAUGAGAUUGGUGUGGUGGACGGUUUGAGGAGGGCGGAGGAAGCGCCGCCGUGGUUUGGAGUUUAUAGCUUGUAUUUUAUUUAAAUGAACUGAUGAUGCCUAGCCAGGCUCAGCCCGAGUCAGUGCCUGAAGCUUUUUGUAGCCGUGAUAUCCCAGAAGAGAACCAGCGACGUCCUGAAAGAUGCGCUCUUAUAGAGCGGCCAUAGUAUCUGUCCAAAUAUUUGCUUCCAUUUUCAAGAGAUAAAAGUCAUUGAUUACAAA